AUGACACAUUUUUAUCAGCCUCGAAUAGCUAUGGCUCCUCGUACGUCGAGCAGAGAUCUUCACCGAGCGGCCUUUCCGUUGGCUUCGCCAGUUGCGUCACAAGAGGUGCCGAGUGGUACAACGCCCAAGGACGCGGACGUGGUGCAGUUUCUGUCCAAGGUCUUCUUCGCCUAUGAGGACGAUGGCGUGGUCUCCAUCUCCGUGGUGCGGAUCGGUAGCUUGAAGGGCUCAUGCAGAAUUCAUUGGAGAACGCAGGACUCAUCAGCAAAAAAGGAUUUGAAGUACAUUCAUGGAGAAGAUGUGAUUGACUUUGGCCCUGGCGAAUCCGUCAGAACCUUCGAGAUCACCAUCAUCAGCGAUGAUCACUUCGAUACAGCCCUGGACUUUGAUGUCAUUCUGGAGGAUCCAGAGGGUUGCAUGCUGGACCCGCGCUUACAUGUUAGCAGAGUGUUGAUCAUCGAUGAUGAUCAGUUUCCCUCCAAUGACUUUGAAGAGGCCAUUGCUGAGAAAUCAGAGGCAGCACUCCUUGAGGUGGGUUUCUCGCUACUUUGGGCAUUUGUUUGCUUCUGCUUCAGUCACGUCCCCACCAUCAAAUGGAAGUCCAUUCUGUAUCUGGUGCUUGCGAAUCUUGGCAAUGCCUAUUACUUGGCAACUAUCUUCAUGAGGGUCUAUUUGAUCGACACAGUCUUGAACGUGAAGGAUUCAGAGACGGAGAAGAAAUUGUGGAUUCCGGGUGACCGCACGGGGACAGCGAUGGCCCUGGGCCUGGCUUGGGUCUUGCCCAAUGUGGUUCUGCUUGCAGUCGACUUCUUUGAAAUGGCGGUUCUUGAAAUGGGAUUCAACAUUCGCUACCACCUACGGGUGAAUCUCUUCCGCAAAUACUUGCGCUACACGGAUGAAUCGCGGGCCCUGGUGCCGGUGCAGGCGUUGAAGAUCAGUAUCAUGGAAGAUAUUCCGGAUUUGGUGUCGCAAGGUUACUUGAUCCUCUUUGAGCUUUGGGCCAUGCUGGGCAAGAUUGCGAUGGUUGCCAUCUUUAUUCUUCAAGAACUUCCUCGCAGUGCUGUUCCAUUGGUUGUCUACCCAGUGUUGAUCAUCGUCCACCUUAUUCGGACCCACCGGACGCGCAUGGAACUGAUGGCCAAGGAAGGAGAUGGCAAGAGCGCCACCAUCGAAUGUCUGAUGCAAGCAAAUCAUGGCUACAAGCUGCUGAAGGCCUACGGAAAAUUGACCACUGACGUUCGACACUUUGAGAUACUGCUUCACAACCAACGGAAGUUUGUGAUGGACUUGAAGAGCUUCAAUUUCUGGAACGCCCAACUGAUUCCGUGGAUCACCACUCUGGUCAUCGGCUUCUACAUAGGGGCUUCCUAUCACUUGGUCUCCAGUCACGUCAGUUUGGGAGCACUUGUGCAAACGAUCAACGUGGUCAAGGACUUGGGCGACAGAUUCUCCACCCUCGUCUCAGGUGUGGAAGAGUUGAGCAAGGCGGUCAGUCCUCUGUCGUCCAUCACUUUUCAGUUCAAUCUGGAGACAGAGACUCUGCACCGAGCCGACGUCUUUGCCACGAAGAAGAACUAUGCACUGAACUUUUCAUCUGCGGCACCCAACUUUGACAAUAUUCCCAUCGUGUUCCAGAAUGUGAAGAUAGAUCAUUCGCUGCCAGAUGUACACAAUGUUGAAUUCUCCACGCACAUUCUCCAAGGAACGGUGAUCCAAAUCAUCGGACCUCAUGACUCAGGCAAAGGGCAGCUUCUGAAGAAAAUCUGUGGCCCUGGGGCUGCGGAGAAUAUUUUGAUGUCUCCGCAUCUCUUCGCAUUGCAAGUACCACACGAACCUCUAUUUUUGGAGUCUCAUGGGCUAUUUGAAAACCUUCACUUGGUGAGCGCAGCGGACCGGCAUUGCGAUGUGAAGUCCGCAGAGCGUGGUCUCAGAAUUCUGAAACGAUUGAAGCUGGACAAGGACUGGAUCAUCAGGCAACAUGAGGUGGAUGCGUCCAGUUUCACUGGAAGGAUUCACAGCUUGCAGGAGCUGGACCGCUGCAAGACGACUCUGCACACUCUGCAUGUGUCCUGCUGUGACGAUGAGGAGCAAAUAGACGUGGAGGCUGAGGAAGGCUACCAAGCUUGGUUCUCUCAAAUGAGUGGCAGUGAAAAAUGGCGCUUUCAACUGGCCAGGGCUUUUGUGGCUGAUCCACAUGUCCUGAUUGUACAUCGUCCGGUGGACGAGUUGGACGAUGACUUGAAGGAGGUGAUCCUGUCGCUUCUGCGGGAAUUUGUGGACAAGAGGGGUCUUGAAAUCGAUGAAGAUGCUAGAUGGACCUUGCGACAGCGACGUCCUAGAACGGUGAUUUUUUCCACUGGCAGCAUAAAGACGUCCAUCGCAGAUUACAUUUGGCGUAUUAGUGAGGAGGGAGUUACCAGCGUGGAGAAAACCCAUCGACCAAAGACGUUGAAAAGGGUGCCUUCACUGGGCUAG